ACCGUCCAUUUUACCGCCCAUUUUUCACCCAAUUCGCUUUUACCUAACCAUGUCCUAACACUUUAACCCUUUCUGAAAACAAAAAAGGGGUGACAAAAUGGAAAACUUUAAGGAUCAAAAUGCAGAGGACAUAGACAUCUCCGCGUCCAUCAAUAAAAACCUGGACAUCCCCUUAUUGAUAAAAAAGAAAUUACAUUUGAGGGAUUUAAGGCGCAAAAAUAAAGACCUGAGCGUGAAGCACGCGGAUAUUAAGAAGGUUCUCCAGGAGAAGGAGAGUUAUUUCAGCUUUAAGGAAAAGGUGCACAAUGAAAGCCGUGAAAAAUUGAUAAAGGAGUACCAAAUGGCUGCGAAGGACAACUACGACAGACAAGUAAUUCUGGAGGAAAAAAUAAAAAAUAAGGAGAAAAAAAUAAAAAUGUACGAUUUGGAGAUUAACAAGUUUAAGGUGGCCAUUGCAGACAUGCACGAGCGGAUAAAGAAGGCAGACUGCGACACGGUGGAGAGAGAAAAAUGCCUCAGCUUUCUGAGCAAAUUUAAAGAAAAUUCAGCCGAGUUCGUCCAGUUGGAUAUGUUCGACAGGCUAGAAACGAUAUUCAGCUCGCGAGAGUUUAUAAAAAAGAAAAAGGAAAGUCUUAAGGCAAAGAUAAAUAUCAUAAAGGCUAAAAUAAAAGACACGGAGGAAAAAUAUAAGUUAGCCCUAAUGGAUAAAGAAAAAGAAUACAAAAAUCUCGUUGAGACUUCAGAAGGCGUGUUAAAAAAGGAAAAGGAGAUAGCGGAACAGCUCAAGGAAAAAAUAAAUGAACACAAUAAAAAUGCAUUGCUUCUGUAUAAGAUAAUUUCAUGUGUCGAUAAUUUUUUAAGUCGUUUUUCUUCAUUCCUACCGGAGCUGCGUCAUUACAAUGUUAAAAAGGACGAGGAAAAAAAGUACUGAAUGUUGGCUCUACUCAAACUAGAAAAAAAGAACAAACCACAGGAUAUAAUGGAAGACACGCAGUUCAUUGAUACAGCCGAUUUUAACAAUUUGGAGGAGGAUAUACUCAGAAAACUGGACGUCGUCUACAAGUACAUUAAGGACACGAUCUACAUAAUCAACAAAGCCAAAAAGGAAAUUUCGCUCAAGGAUGAUAAUUACAUGGAUUCCAUGAAGAACAAUUUCGGUAAGCGGGGAAAAGAAAAAGCGAUCUCCCUGGGGGGAAUGGCGCACCUGCGUAAAUACUGA